UCCUGUACCGGAAGUGCUCGCCACAGCGCAAAUCGUUCAUUCUGAGGCUGGUGCUCGAGGCCAGACCACGGAGGACACCGGGGCGGGGACGAGCGAGCUCUGCUUGUGGAUGUGCCUCCUUCCCUGAGAGGUGGGGACACUGAGGAAGAGAAAUGGCCCCUGUCCUUUUGGGGUCCCCUGGAGUCCCCCAGGAAUUGGUGACCUUCAAGGAUGUGACUGUGGACUUCACCUUUGAGGAGUGGGGGCACCUGCACCCCUCCCAAAAGAAACUGUACCGGGACGUGACGCUGGAGAACUACCGGAACCUGAUCUGGCUAGGACUUGAAUUUUCCAAACCACAUGUGAUCUAUCAGUUGGAGCACGGGGAAGCCCCUUGGCAGCUGAAAGGAGAUAUCCCUGGGAUCCCUCAUCCAGAUUGGGAGAUGGGCACUGAAACAAAGGAAUCUCCCACAGAACUGGGCAGUUUUAUGGAAGAAUCAUUCCAGGGUACAAGUGAUAAAAAGGAGGGUCCCUGUUUUUCCAGAUUGGGACAAAAUUGGGAAUACGGGGAUAAGUGCAAGAGAAAGCAGGACAGAGAGGAGAAAUAUCAUGUACCCAAUGAUGGUGGAAAGACCUUCCAGGACACCAGCCUUACUGGCCAUCAGAGAAUAGAGGCUAUAAAAAAACCUAACAUGCGCAAUGAAGAUGAGAAGAGGUUAUAUCAGAACAAAUAUAAUACUCAAAACCAGAAAAUUCUUACAGGAAAGAAAUCUUACAGUAAUGAAUGUGGCAAGGUCUUCUUCCAGAAGUCAGGACUUAGGGAACAUCAGAAAAUUCAUACUGGAGAGAAAACUUAUGAAUAUAUUGAAAGUGGAAAGACUUGUCUAAAUAGCAAGCUUACUCAACAGAAAGUUCAUCCUGGAGAAAAGCCUUACGAAUGUAUUAUAUGUGGGAAGGUCUUCCGUUGGAAGUCACAUCUUAUUCAACAUCAGACAAUUCAUACUGGUGAAAAACCUUAUGUUUGUAAUGAAUGUGGGAAGGCCUACCACAAGAGAUCCGUGCUUACUCAACAUCAGAGGACUCAUACCGGAGAGAAACCUUACGAAUGUCAUAAAUGUGGGAAGACGUUCCGAUGGAGUACUCAUCUUAGUCGACAUCGAAGAAUUCACACUGGAGAGAAACCUUAUGUGUGUAAGGAAUGUGGGAAAUCCUUCCGCCAGAGGACAGUACUUACUGAACAUCAGAGAACUCAUACAGGAGAAAAGCCUUAUGAAUGUAAUGAAUGUGGAAAGUCUUUUCGAUGGAGAACAGUGCUUGCUGAGCAUCAAAAAAUUCAUACCGGAGAGAAGCCUUAUGAAUGUAAUGAAUGUGGGAAGUGCUUCCAUUGGAACACAAACUUUACUCGUCAUCAGAGAAUUCACACUGGAGAGAAACUUACUGAAUAUGGGAAAGCCUUUCACCAGAAGUCAGCACUUACUGAACAGCAGAGGCCUCCUAUUGGAGAAAAAUUUUAUGAAUGUAAUGAAUGUGGAAAGACCUUUCAAUGGAACACAAACCUUACACGACAUCAAAGAAUCCAUACAGGAGAGAAACCUUAUGAAUGUAGUGAUUGUGGAAAGGCCUUUCGAUGGAGCACAGUGCUUAUUGGACAUCAGAGAAUUCACACUGGAGAGAAACCUUAUGAAUGUAACAAAUGUGGAAAGACCUUCCAGUGGAACACAAACCUUACUCGACAUCAGAGGACUCAUACAGGAGCGAAGCCUUAUGAAUGUAAUGAAUGUGGAAAGACUUUUCGAUGGAGAACGGUGCUUGCUGAGCAUCAGAAAAUUCAUACCGGAGAGAAGCCUUACGAAUGUAAUGAAUGUGGGAAGUGCUUCCAUUGGAACACAAAUUUUACUCGUCAUCAGAGAAUUCACACUGGAGAGAAACUUACUGAACAGCAGAAGCCUCCCAAUGAAGAAAAACUUUAUGAAUGUAACGAAUGUGGAAAGACCUUUCAAUGGAAAACAAACCUUGCUCGACAUCAAAGAAUCCAUACAGGAGAGAAACCUUAUGAAUGUAGUGAUUGUGGAAAGGCCUUUCGAUGGAGCACAGUGCUUAUAGAACAUCAGAGAAUUCACACUGGAGAGAAACCUUAUAAAUGCAAUGAAUGUGGAAAGACCUUCCAGUGGAACACAAACUUUACUCGACAUCAGAGGACUCAUACAUGAGAGAAACCUGACGGUUCUAGGAAGGUCUUUCACCAGAGAACCUAGCUCAUUGAACAUCGGAGAAUUUGUGGUAGAAAGAAACUAUGAAUGCAAUGAAUGUGGGAAGGCUUUCCAUCAGAAGGCAGGAUUUACUCAACACAUGAGAACUCAUACUAGGCAGAAACUUAAAGAAUGUAAUUAAUGUGGAAAGGCGUUUAAUAGAAGCAGAGAAUGUAUUCGAUAUCAGGCAAUUCAUACUUGAGACAAAUCUUUUCAAUGUAUUAGGUACAGAAUUGCCUCCUGCCAGAAGACUGGAGUGAACAACAUACAAUUUAUAUUGGGGGGGGGGGAUAAAAACAAAUCCAAACCCCAAUGCAGUGAUUGUGGGAUAGCUUUCUUCAAGAACAAUAAACAUUCUUAAUUUCAGAGAAUUCAUAUUAGAGAGAAAUCUGAACAAUGCAGAGUAUUAUGAAGAAAAUGUGCAUCAUAAAGGCUUUUAAAAUAUAUACUUUAGUUUUUAAAUUUUAGUAUUUAAAUUAAAAAGAAUUUUUAUAAAUCAAGUCAGUUUCAGAUUUUCAUAUAGAAUACUCCAAACCUUUUCAUCUUUCCUCAGGUUUCCAAGUAACUUCCUACCUCAGUAUUCAGAUUUAUAGCUGAUAACUUAGACUAUUCAUUGAGAACAUGGUAAAACUGGUUCCCUAAAGUUUACUCCUCCAAAAUUUGCAGAAUGAUCACCAGCACUUUGCUGUUCCUUACAAGGAGCAACAGACAUAUCCCUACUCAUUGCUAAAGUUUAACCUAUACCUGUGCCUUUGAUCUCAUGUAACAUGUUCCACUCUAGAACUGUAUUCCAUCAUUCUGGAUCAUCAGAGUAUUCAUUCUGUGAUGCAUUUUCAUUUUAUUCUGCUCCAUUAACUACUCACUGCAUUCAAAUAUAGUCUUACCACCUCCACUCCAAAUGUCUUCCUCUUACUUGCUCAUCCCAUUCAUCAACCACUUUUUUUUAAUUCUGCCUUCAUUAGCCUAAAUUUGUUGGGGGGAAAAGUGCUUAUGUUAAUUUCUCGUUUCUUACCAUCUACCAUCUUCUCAGAUGUAAUCUGUCCCAACCCAACCACUCUAUUUGGACUUGAUGGUCUGUUAAGGUCUCUUCCAAACUCAAAAUCUGUGAUCCUAUGAAUUACCAAAUGCCAUUUUCUC